AUGUUUGGUAUCAACGCUCAAUCCAAGAUAGUCCAGAACGCCAUCGCUGAACUGCUUGCUGGACUACCUGGAUGCAAGAAUAUCUCUGAUGAUAUUAUUGUGUGCGGAAAAGCUGUCCUUCAACGCCUCUCAAAUUACAACGUGCGCUUAAACAAGGACAAAUGGCACUUUUCUCAGUCCCAAGUGUGUUUCUAUGGUCAUAUCUUCAGCGCCAAAGGAGUCCAAGCCGAUCCUGCGAAAAUCGACUCCAUCCAACAAGCCCGCGUUCCUGAAAACGUCAGCGAAGUUAAGUCUCUGCCGCUUGGUUUGUCCCAAUACAUCUCUCGAUUCAUUCCGACUACUCUACUAUCACUGCUCCACUACCUGCCCUCACUCGAACUGACGCCGAGUGGAAAUGGACGACCGACGAACAAACGUCCCUUAACAACCUGA